AUGGACGCGAAGGUAUGCUAUCAUAUCACUUUCUUCUCACCAGCUCCUUCAGCCGUGUCAGGCUUGUGCAGCCUGAUCUAUGCCCACAACACGCAGCAUCUUCCGCAUGUGGACACUCCCUUCACCCGCCAGACUCACCUGCACUUCACCGGCACCAUCACAUUGCCAUUGAAAGUGAACACACACCCUCUCCUUCUCAUCUGCCUUCCAGAUCCGUGUCAUUGCGACUUCAUGAGCCUGGUAUGGACCCCAUGACCUAGAUGCUGACUCUUGGCCAACAGCCACAUCGGCCAAUACGGCCGCUACGCGUCAACGACGAGAACAUGCCACCGCCCAACGUCCACGCGCCGGCCGGCAAGACACUACACCAGCGAACCAAGUCGACUUCCGCAUUGGGCGCCGCAGCAGCGAUGAAUAACAAGAAGGUGCUGGGGGAGACCAACGCAAACCUACGAGUUGCGCCCAAAGACGAUUCAGAGAUCGGGAAGACCUCGCCCGGAAAGAUGAAGACCAUCCAAGAGCAAGCGGCCACUGCAACCUUCCAGCGCCCGGCGGUGCGUCCAUUGGGUCAGAAGAGCAGUUCCAGCCAAAAUACUAUAGCCGGUUCCAAAGCAUCCGCCGCGGUGCAACCUGCAGACUCCCAGUUGCCGAAGAAGAUUAUCCCCAAGAAGAGCAAGAUACUCAAGGACACUCUGGCUCAGCGGGACGUUGAGUCAAAAGAUUCUGCUGUGUCUCUGCCGGCACAAGCAACUGCUGGUCAGGUUCCCCAGCUCGCGCAACCUCCCGCGACAUCAGUGCCUGUUUCGGCAGCCCAUGCUGUCCAGCACCAGGAGGUCGUUCGAACAGAAAGCGUACCCCUCCGCGGUGAGUCGGGUCCACGAGUACAGGCUCCUCAGUCUGUCGCUGCGAACAUGCCGUCCAGUCAGGCUGUUGCCACGGUGCCAGUUCCUCAGAACAACUACAUCUACCAGGGCGGUCUAGCCUUGGCCGCUGUGCAGCAACAGCACCUUCUUCCCCUUGCCAUGCCGAACAGCGGGCCAUAUCAAAUGGCAACUCCACCGGCAGAGCAGGAUGAGCUAGAAGAGGACUUCGAUGACGCCGAUCAAGAUUACAUGACCGCCAACUCAUUCGACCUUCGUACCGACGCUACGCUCACCACGAUCCUCAACCCUCAACCCACCAAGAAGCAACGUGCUGAGAUUGAGGAGGCUAGGUUAUACGUGGAGGAACACCGGACGCCUGAUGAUAUCGAAGAUGAGCAGUGGGACACGUCUAUGGUUGCUGAGUACGGCGAUGAGAUCUUCGAGUACAUGCGCGAGAUGGAGACGCGCAUGUCUCCCAAUCCGCACUACAUGGACCAGCAACAAGAGAUCCAGUGGUCAAUGCGUGGUGUCCUGAUGGACUGGGUGGUACAAGUUCAUCAGCGGUUCAAUCUGCUUCCUGAGACGCUCUUCCUCACCGUCAACUACAUCGACCGCUUCCUGUCUUGCAAGAUAGUGUCCCUGGGCAAGCUACAGCUCGUGGGCGCCACGGCCAUCUUUGUUGCCGCCAAGUACGAGGAGGUCAACUGCCCAACCAUCUCCGAGAUCAUCUACAUGGUGGACAAUGGCUACACCUCCGACGAGCUUCUCAAGGCCGAGCGAUUCAUGCUGAGCAUGUUGCAGUUCGAACUGGGCUGGCCAGGUCCGAUGAGCUUUCUUCGUCGCAUCAGCAAGGCGGACGAUUAUGACUUGGAAACCCGAACGCUGGCCAAGUACUUCCUCGAGGUGACCAUCAUGGAUGAACGCUUCGUCGGCUGCAAGCCCAGCUUCCUCGCUGCCGGAGCCCACUGCAUGGCUCGUCUGAUGCUUCGCAAGGGGGAUUGGACCAAGGCGCAUGUUUACUACUCGAACUACACCCAUCGCCAAUUGCAUCGCCUGCUGGGUGCCAUGUUGGAAUGCUGCGCGGACCCGCACGUGCAUCAUGGUGCUGUCUACGACAAGUACACGGACAAGCGCUACAAGCGUGCCUCAACAUUUGUCAAGAACGAGGUGCUUCGCGGCUUCCAGCUCCCAUUUAGCUGCCGCAGCUCGUUCACGACGCAACAGACCAUGACAGGCCCUUGGUUGGGCCAGUAA